AGGGCCCCUCAGGGGGGGCAUUGCGGGGGCCUCAGUUACGCCACUGCGUAGGUUAUAUUAAUUGUCCAUCCCCACCUGUCACCUUUUUCCCGGUCACCAACACCACUUUCCAUCCCAUCCCCCUCAAAACAGUAACACAGACACAUGGGACAGCGUGAACCGCCUCUUUGCUUUGGCUGGCCCUUGUCAAUGUCAAUCAGUGAGAACAUGCCAGCGCUAAUAAGAUAGCAGGGAAGCCCACGUUUUCGCUUUUCUGAUUGGAUAAGAUGAGAUUCAUUCAGCAUUGACCAGCCAAUACAUGAUGCCGAGCUGCCAAGCAACGCUAGGCCGGGUACUUGGUGGGAGAGAAUGUGUUCAGCAGUACGGUGGCCUGGAGUAAAGGCGGUGUGGAGCGGGUAACGGGCCAGCAAGUAGAGGAGAUCAAAGAGACAGUUCAGUAAGAAACCCGGGACUGCGGGCUGAGCUGUCCAAAUCGGUCUGUCCCGCAGAAAACAGGAGGAGUAAACUUUUUACCUCAGCUAGCUGAAUAAGUGUGGUAUGGAGAAUGGUAUUAAGGAGAGUCCAGUGGGUCUGAACAAGAAUGGCGCCCUUGCUAUCCUACCCACACCUCUGGUGUCCGAGGGGCAUAAAAAUCACAAAAGUGUCCUCAACUCUUUGACAUCUGGGGCUCUAGCUGGAGCUGUAGCUAAAACAGCUGUUGCUCCACUGGACAGAACCAAAAUCAUAUUCCAAGUGUCUUCAAACAGAUUUUCUGCUAAGGAAGCCUACAGACUCAUUUACCGCACUUAUAUGAAUGACGGUUUCUUAAGUUUGUGGAGAGGUAACUCUGCGACAAUGGUGCGUGUGAUUCCCUAUGCAGCCAUACAAUUUUGUGCUCAUGAACAAUACAAGAAACUGCUAGGCAGUUAUUAUGGCUUCCAGGGAAGUGCUUUGACACCUAUUCCACGACUUCUUGCAGGAGCGCUAGCUGGUACAACAGCUACUUUAUUGACAUAUCCCUUGGAUCUGGUGCGUGCACGCAUGGCAGUUACACAAAAGGAAAUGUAUAGUAAUAUCAUUCACGUGUUUAUGCGUAUGUCAAGAGAGGAGGGUCUUAAGUCACUUUACAGAGGAUUCACUCCUACUGUGCUUGGUGUCAUCCCAUAUGCAGGGAUCAGCUUUUUCACAUACGAAACACUUAAAAAGCUACAUGCAGAACACAGUGGCAGGAUACAACCAUAUACCUUUGAGAGAUUGCUAUUCGGGGCAUGUGCAGGUCUCUUUGGACAGUCCUCUUCAUACCCAUUGGAUGUGGUGAGGAGGCGAAUGCAGACUGCAGGAGUGACAGGACACACGUAUGGAUCAAUCAUUGGCACAAUGCAGGAGAUAGUGGCAGAAGAAGGUUUUAUCCGUGGUCUCUACAAAGGGCUUAGCAUGAACUGGGUGAAAGGACCGGUGGCAGUGGGAAUAAGCUUCACUACCUUUGAUUUAACACAAAUCCUCCUAAAAAAGUUGCAGCAAAUCUCUCAUAUCCAGAGGUAGAUGAAUGAGGAAAAAGGACAGACCCUCAACCUCUUCCCUUCUUGCGGGGCAUCAUCACAAUUAAACAGCAACAAAAUCAUCACCCACUAACCUGAUUGCUAAAACAUGCCCUCUUUAUCAAGAUACCAAAUGGUGUUACUAAUACUUUUAAAAUGGCUUCUAUGAAAAGCCAGUAAUCAAAGUGAUGACUAAAAGAAAGGAUAAUUUUUUUUAUAGGUAUGCUCCUUAUUAAGCACAAUGCAGAGUGCUGCUCGAAUGUAGAGUAAGUAUACAUUGCAAUGCAACAAGGUCUCCAGCAAAAUUUUAAUUUGGUCCUCAACUGGUUAGUUAAAAAAGGGAGCUCU